AUGUGGGUGCUACUUCAAAUGCCCACGUUGUUUACUGCAUCUCAUACAAAUUCCACCUCUGAAACAUACACCCUAAUUAACGCAAAGAAUUUAGCAAAGCCAAAUUGCUCCAGCCAUUGUGGAGAUGUAAUUGUUCCCUACCCUUUUGGCAUCGGUAACAACACAAAUUGUUCUAUAAGCCAUGAGUUUGACAUCUACUGUGACAAUUCUUUCAGCCCUCCAAAGCUGUCUUUUGUAGAAGAUCAUUACAACUCAAUCACACGGAUAUAUGAUUCCACACUACGGACUUCCAAUAAUGUGGCUACUGGAUGCUAUUCAUCAAACGGCACUUAUUUAGGGGGAUUUAGCAUUAGCAUGGGUUCUAAGGAUUCUCCUUAUACCUUGUCGGAUGUAAAUAAGUUCACCGUCAUCGGCUGUGAUGGUUCUGCUUGGCUGAGUUCAGAAACGAAUUCUAGGAAUGUGUCUAUCGGUUGUAUGGUCUUUUGUUCAACACCUGAGGAUGUUGUAGGUGACCAAUGUUCAGGAAAUGGUUGUUGUCAAUCGUCCUUACCCAAAGACAUAAACUACUAUGAAACUGAGCUCAAUCCCCACACGGAUUCAAACAACACAAGGUACAUGAGGUCUUUUAACCCUUGUACAUAUGCGUUUGUUGGUGAGGAGAACGCAUACAAGUUCAAUGGUCUAACAUCUUUAAACGACAUUCAUUUGGCUGAAAAGAUUGAAGCUAGUGUCCCAAUAGUGCUUGAAUGGGCUAUUGGUAAUCUCAGUUGCAUUGAAGCCAAAGCAGUGGACGGUUUCGUGUGCCAGUAUUCAAAUAGUAAGUGUGUUAAUUCUACAAGGGAAAGCGGUGGGUAUCGUUGCAUCUGCGAUGAAGGCUAUGAAGGAAAUCCGUAUCUAUCUCCUGGCUGUAAAGGUGCUCUUUUGGGCAUAAUGUUACUAAUCUUCUCAUUGUGGCUACUCAAAGUAGUGCAAAGGAGGAAAGUUAAGAAUCUCAAAGAGAAAUUCUUCAAAAGAAAUGGUGGUUUACUCCUACAACAACAAAUGUCUAGUGGUGAGCGGAUGGUUGAUCAUCAAAUCAAGCUUUUCAAUGCAACAGAAUUAGAGAAAGCAACUGGCCAAUUCAAUGAGGACAGAAUAGUCGGCCGAGGGGGUCAAGGGAYAGUUUACAAAGGAAUGCUGGCAGAUGGAAGGAUAGUAGCAGUAAAGAAGUCGAUGUUGGUGGAUGAGAGUCAAGUUGAAACCUUUAUCAAUGAGGUUUUUAUACUAUCCCAAAUCAUUCACAAACAUGUGGUUAAGCUUCUGGGGUGUUGUUUGGAAACCGAAGUUCCAAUGCUUGUYUAUGAAUUUGUUGGUAAUGGAACUCUUUUUGACUUCAUCCACGACGAGAAUUAUGAGUUCCCUACCUUGUGGAAAUUGCGGUUGCAAAUUUCUAUAGAGAUAGCAGGAGCUCUUGCUUAUUUACAUUCGGCAACUUUCGCACCGAUUUAUCAUAGAGACAUUAAAUCUUCAAACAUUCUUUUGGAUGACAAAUUUAGAGCAAAAAUAUCAGACUUCGGAAUUUCAAAGUCAUUAUUAGGUGAUCAAACCCAUCUAAGCACCUUAGUCAAAGGUACCAUGGGUUAUUUAGAUCCAGAGUACUUCCAAUCAAGCCAUCUUACUGAAAAAAGUGAUGUAUAUAGCUUUGGUGUUGUUCUCCUUGAGCUCUUGACCGGGAAAAACCCUAUCUUCAGAACACCUUAUGGGGAGAGAAUGAGUUUGGCAACCUUCAUUUUGUCAAUGGAAGAUGAACAACUUGUGGAAAACGUUGAUGAUCGAGUAUCAGAUGCACCCAAGGAACAACUCAUAGCAGUUGCAAACCUUGCAAAAAGAUGCUUAAAUUUGAACAGGAUGCUACGGCCAAAUAUGAAAGAUGUUGCAACAGAUUUGGAAGGUAUAAGAUUGGUAAAUUAAUAGCAUGCCACU